UGUGAUUCCUCACUAGGUCUCUAUGUCCCUCCUGAGGCUUGUGAUACUGUAUUGCCAUAUUCUAAGGCAAUGCACUGGACUCUUAUUGUACUAAGAUGUGCAAGAUACAACCAGCCCUUCAACUUUGUGAAGGACAGGUUUUAUGCACUUGAAGUCAAUAUGCUCUGCCCUGGAACUUCACUCCCCUCCCCUGAUACAGUUUCUAAUGAUAUCAAGAGCUUGUAUCAGGGAUUAUCAAUUCAAGUCUGCAAUUACUUCAAGGUA